GAGGGUCGAGACAGGAAAGAAGGAGAAGAGGGAUUAGGCAGCCGAGCGAGGGAGCCAGCGCAAAAAACGAACUGACCCUCUUUCCCAGCGGAUCUACCGUACAGUACUCGCCUCUCGCCUGAACUUCUCCACCCAUCAUCCUACGACGUGUCGUUCUCUUCCCCUUCCGCCGUUUUUUUUUUUUGUGUGGCUUCUUGCAUCCCAUCCGCCGGUUCUACGGUAAGGCUGUUGUGAACUCUACGCUCUCUCUCUCCUUCUCUCCCCUCCCCCUAUUGAGGACGAGAGGGAAAGCGAAACAGAGAUCCCCCAUCCAGUUCGCGGGAUAAGGCAAACACGGCAUUAUGGGCUUUUCGAUACGGCGAGGAGUGGCCAACCUGGUUCGACGCGGGCAGCGUCUAGGUAGUCAGCUUUCUUUAAGAUGUUGUAUCCAUCCUCACCCUUGCUCGCGAUCCUCGUCCUUGACACGCUGUUGUUUCCAUUUUCCCGUUUCAUUUCCCACCACCACCCUGCUGCGUCUAACGGUUCGCUGACUCUCUCCACCCGAUACAGCCGGAAAAGCCCGCUGCUCGGUUUGCAUGACGUAUUUCAAAAGCGCACUCGUCAAGACCAUUCCGACUUGCAGUCACAGCUACUGCAAAACGUGCCUCCAGAAGACCUACACUCGAGCCAUGAACGAUCCGGAGGGCAUACUCCCGCCGCGGUGUUGCGGUCAGGAGUUGACAAUGGCCUUCGCCGGGGACUUUCUCGCUGGAUAUAUACCGAAGGAACUCGAGAUGGCGGAUUCUGCUGGUCACACCGAUUUCCGGAGAAGGUACUUGGAGAUAUUGGCUGAGAGGACUAGCGAUCCCAUCUACUGCGCACAUUGCAAGUCGCUGGGGAGACAGGUGUUUAUCCCGCCAGAGGAGAUCAAUGAGGAGGAGGACUCGGCUGUCUGCAGUACCUGCUUUCAGGGGACUUGCACACUUUGCAAGAGGAGUAAUCCGCACACACCCACCAACCCGUGCCCAAUCGAUAGCGAUGAGAACAAGCAGGAAAUCAGGUACCAGCGACUAUCGGGUAGGGCUGGGUGGAAGUGCUGUGAGGGGUGCGGAAUGAUGGUAUCGAGGGAUGUGGGGUGUGCCCAUGUGGUUUGCAGGUUUGUUGAGAUCAUUGCUUUUGUGUUAUUUGGAUUUCGUGGCUGUACUGACGCCAUUGUGAAUCGACAGGUGUGGACAGGACGUCUGGCUUGCAUUCUGACCGAAACAACUUGGUGGGUGUGGCGUUUUGGGGGGGGUUCGUUUUGACCCUAUUAAAAUUCUCGUGGGGUCGAUUUCAUAUGUGCGCAGCGGGGACAAGGGUAUAAGCUCUCGGUCCCUGCGUCAUCUCUUACAGCCGAUGAAGCUCCGAUAGAUCUCCCGGACCACUUCCGGAAAACGCACUGUAGGGGGCGGGCUUUUUAGGUUAUGUGUAGAGAUGGAUUAUUUUCCUGCUUAAUGAUGUUUCUGUUUAUGGCUUGAGUGGAAUGAUUGGAUUUAUUUAUUGUUUUACAGGGAGUUUAUCUUGGGUUUGGUCCUUUUCGUUCACGAUUUCAUCUCUUCAAAUUUUGGUCUCUUAGCGUUGGUUAAGAUGCAAUUUUCUUUUUCCUCCUCUCAAAAGCAGUUACUUGGUGUAUGCCGGUUUUCUUUGGGUGAUUUCGCGUAUGAUAACUUUGGGGGGUGGGUUUUCUAUCGCGGAUGUGGUUGUUAGCUACCGCAGGUUGUGCGGUUUUCUCUCGGUCAUUUCGUUAACCUGUUGGUUAUUUCGAGUGAGCUUGUGAAGUAUAUCUAGUUCCAUGUUUCCUACAUAGUCUGUCUGAACCUGUUGCGGGGGGGAUGGAUAUGGAUUCUGUGCAAUUAGGUCCAGCGUGGAAACCUUGAGGGAUAUUCCGCGUGUUUCAAGGGCUUGUGUAAUAUUAUCGUAUCAUACUGUU